AUGGCAGAUUAUCAGCUGCUUGAAUCGCACCUUAUAAAAACCGAGGGUGACCUUCGGCGUCUUACAGAAGAGUCUGAGGUCAAGAGUACGGAAACUCUGCAUUUACAAACUUUAAUGGAGUCGCUGGGAAAGGAGAGAGACCGUAUUGACACUGAGGAUCUACAUAAAACGGAGCAGGCUCUUCAGGAAGAAGGCAUGCACGUUCAUCAAGCGGAAUCAAAGACUGCAGAGUUGCAUGUUGUUAAAGAAGAUUUAACUCGAAUGACCUGUGACAUUCAGGUUAUCUUUUCUAAAGAGAGAGAGGAGGAAGAACUGAUGGUCUCCUAUCAAAAGCUUUGUGAUGACUACCAGAAAGUUAAACUUGCAGCCAUUGAAAUGGAUACGGAGGCCACUACAGAGAUGGAGCAGAAGUACGAACACGCUACCCGAGACAUGGGAGGUCUUGAAGCUCAGAACCAUAUACUAACUGACGUUCUAGAGGAAAGAGCGCAGGAGAAUGAAACCAAGAAUAUUCUAAUGAGAGAACGUCUUGUUUCUUUGGAAGAACAGGAUCAAUUACCAAGAAAAGAUACAUAUUCGUCAAUAUUGGUUCACAGCGUAUGCCCUAGUGAUGUUGCCAAGGUAGAUGAGGAGAGAACGCAGCUGCAGAAGAAAUGCUCGGAAUUGCUAGCGAGGGAUAAAAAAGCACCACCGAUGCAGCCAAAAAGUCCAUUGAGCGCGUUGCGCUCUCCAGAGCCAUCAGGCACACCAACACUCAAAAGUACCUUAGCAUGCAGACAUGAUAAAAAAGAAGUUCUGCAAGGAAGUAGCUCGAAUUUUGAGGCUUUUGAUUUGUCCUCAAAACAUCACACGUGGACGUCUUUACCAGAAUUUAAACAGGGUGGAUACCAAGAUCCAGCAAUGGAUUGCAAGGCUAUCAAAAGCUUUCCAUUUGAAGGUAUGAUGCCGUGUGGUUACCCUAUGUGCUCAUCCAUAAAAGAACUAGAGCUGCAACUGGCCCAUGAAAAGCGCCACAGUCAGAUAGUUGGGAAGAAGAUGAUAGACGAACGACAAGUUGCCGAAAGAAUUCUGAAGGAACGGCAGGAAUUCUGGGAGAAAAAACUCAAGGAUCUACAAAAGGAAAAGUAUGCUCUAUCCAUUCGCCUACAGCUGUUUAAGGAGGUGGGUGCCGAGACUCCUCGAAAGCGUAUCACAAGGGGUGACGAUGUCGUUGUCUUGACCGGAGAAGAACUGAAACGGCUGAAACAAGAACUGUGGGAGCAAGAGUCACUUAUUAAGGGUUAUCAGCUCCUACAGCUUGUUUAUGACCUGGAACAAACAAUUGCAGAGCUCACGUCUAAUAAGAAACAGAGAGAGCGAGAGGAAGAACAAGCUGCAAACUACCAGCAAUUACUCUUUGAGAAAAAAGAGCUUGAGAAACAACUGAAAAGUCAGGUUGCAGACAUCCGCUCAUUUUACCUUAAGAAAAUUAAAGACCUUGCUCAAAAGCUGGAAAAGGCUAAUGAUGUAAAGCCAAAGAAGCUAGAUGAGUUGUUACCCUACGAAGACCUGUCAUCUCAGUUCAACGUCUUAAAGGACAAGAUUCAAGACAUGGAGGUUUGUCACCAGCAGAAGGAGCUGGAAUGGGAGGAAAUUCUCAAUGAAACGAAGCGGGUCUAUAACAUUCAACAGGACACAAUUGAGAGAAAGUGGGAGCUCACUCUAGCAGCCAAGAACGCUGAGGAUGAAAAUCCGAGAUUGUGCCAUGCAUUUGGAUGUCACCAUGAUGACAUUCUUUGGGACCUUGGAAGUGUUGCCAUGUCUGGCAGAUAUUUUGUCGAUACUGAUGAACUUGCACGUGUCAUCUGUCAUCUGUCAUAA